GGAGGGUCUCAUGACCACAGUGCACACCAUCACCGCCACCCAGAAGACAGUGGACGGCCCCUCCAGGAAGCUGUGGCGCGAUGGUCGUGGGGCUGCCCAGGACAUCAUCCUGGCUUCCACUGGUGCCGCCAAGGCUGUGGGCAAGGUCAUCCCUGAGCUGAACGGGAAACUCACAGGCAUGGCCUUCUGUGUGCCUACUCCCAACGUGUCUGUGGUGAACCUGACUUGCCGUUUGGAGAAAGCUGCUAAGUAUAAUGACAUCAAGAAGGUGGUGAAGCAGGCUUCCAAGGGCCCCCUGAAGGGCAUCCUGGGCUACAGCAAGGACCAGUUUGUCUCCUGUGACUUCAACAGUGACACCCACUCCUCCACUUUUGAUGCUGGGGCUGGCAUUGCCCUCAAUGACCACUUUGUCAAGCUCAUCUCCUGGUAUGACAACAAAUUUGGCUACAGCAACAGGGUGGUGGACCUCAUGGUCCACAUGGCCUCAAAGGAGUAAAAGUCUCCCCGGGACCAUGGACCCCAGCAAGAGCACCAGAGGAAGAGCGAGGCUGCUGGGGAGUCCCUGCCCCAACUUCGUCCCCACCACUGAGAAUCUGCCCUUUCACAGUCGCCAUCCGAGACCCCCUGGAGAAGAGGAGGGCUUUGCGAGCCCUAUCUUGUCAUGCUACCAUCAAUAAAGAACACCUUGUACCC